GCAUUAGUUGUAGCUUCUCCCGAUUUGGCUAUAAAGGGAAGCUCUCCCGGCUACUGCUUUCCAUCAGCUUGAACUGCCGAGUGCCAGAGUAGGACCCAGAGCCGGUGACUAGAACCUUCCCGUUACCCGAUUUUUACGUUUUGUCGCGUGGAUUUACACCUUGAAAAUGAGUUCAGAUAGUAGAGCCAAGCCCGCUGGUAUUGCCAGGGACAUUGCUAACAAGAUUGACAAAAAGCGGGACCCGGCCGUAGAGCGCGAAACAUUAGAAUGGAUACAAGCCGUGCUGGGUGACUCGUACAAAAUUGACAUGGACAGACCGUAUGAAGAGGUUCUCCGGGACGGAGUCAUUCUCUGCAACUUAAUCAACGCCUUGGCCCCAGGGAGUGUGAAGAGAAUCCACACCAAGGGCGGGGCAUUCACUCUGAUGCAGAACAUUGAGGCAUUCCAGCAGGCACUGAAGCACUAUGGAGUCCCCGAGGAGGAUGUCUUCCAAACUGUAGAUCUCUGGGAGAAGAAAGAUAUAAGCCAGGUUACCAUGACUCUCAUGGCACUAGGACGCACAGCAAGACACCGUCCUGACUACAAGGGUCCAAUGUUUGGCCCAAAGAUGGCAGAACAUCAGUAAAAACUUGCAUCAUCUAACAUGGGAACAUUGUGCAAAAUAUAACUGAAACGAGGUGAAUUUUUUUUUCAAGUUACAUAAGAACUGGCCCGGAAAGACUUGCACUGAAAUACAAAAGUUGAAAGGUUCCAAGUUGCCUGAAGACAUUGCCAUAUUUGCAAUUUUAGUAUCAUCUUGAUUUUUCUUGACAUUCAGUGAUAAAAACUGAACUUGCCAUUCAGAGUCUGUCAAGAAUAAACAUUUGCUAUUUAAUCAUUUAAAUAUAUAUUUUAUGUUUCUUUGAAAAUGCAUAUCAUGCAAUUUCUGCUAUUUAUGGUUUUAUUUGUAGAUUUCUCUAUUCAAUAUUAUAUAUGUGAUAAUUUACUGACAUAUCUUAUAAUAGAUCAGGGAUAUAGGAAUAUUUUACUUCCUUCAAAACAACAAGCCAAACAGUGCUCUUUAGUGGUUGUGAAUCUUGGCUCCAUCUUUCCAUCAUACCAAUCCUUUCCUUUCUGCAAUGUGAAAAAAUGUGAUUAUUCAUUUCUUUGUAAGAACAAUUCCAACUGAUAACAGGCAAAAGUUUUCCUGCAUCUCUACCUCUAAUCUGUUUAAAGAGAAAAUUAAAUUUUCAACUUAUUUUUGAAUUAAAUGAUAACUUUGUUUGAGUGCUUGAGAGGCAACUACCUUGAACUUUUCUUUUUUAAAUGGUAUGACAUUAUUUAACAGAACAAGAAAUGCCUAAUAAAAUACAUAUUUCCCAAAUACCAACUACUCAAAAAUCAAUUUAUUCUCAUUUUGUUCUCAAGGCAAAAUGUGUAUCAAAUUUCUCAUUUUGAAAUAAAAAUCAACAACUCAAUUUCACUUGAUCCGAGAUGUGCUCUAAACAAAAAGUAAGCCUCCUGCAUCUUCCACAAGAAAUGUGUGGCUUGUUGUCUUCUCCCUGUGCUUGUCUUAACUGCUCUAGGGGCACGGUAUUAUUGUGUGAUAAAAAUGCAGUUCCUCAAACCAGAUCCAUACUCAAAUUCUUCCUUGUUUACAGACCUGCCCAAUCAUCAACUGUCAAUAGUGAAGAACGUGUGUAGAUUUAAUCCUAACAGGAUAUUUAUCAAAAAAUACAAUUUGAUAAAAUACAUAUUUCUCUGUUGCAGUUUCCUUCAAAAAAUAUUGAAAAAUGUGAUCCAGUGUUUUUAUUACAACUACGUAUUAGUAAUAAUGCUUGUGAUAGUAACUUCUGAAAUGAGGAAUAGCUUGCCUAUAUUUAUGCAAUAAAUGCU